CAUUGCGCAAUGCACUCGGGACGGCCGGCUUUGCACGCGGCUCUGUGCGGUGAUAGGACCCGCCGGCAGCGCCCAGCCUUGUUUACUGUUUCGGGGCCCGUGUGCAGGGCUGGCGGGGGUGGGGGUUUUGCGCUCGCUCUCGCUCCUGCGCCGGGAUAAAUAGGAGGCAGCGGCAGCCCCGCUCCAAACCUCGCCGCUCCUCUGAUCUUCCCUGUGCCUGAGCAGCUGCUGCAGCAACCGACUGAGCGAUGGAUCCCCAGGACUGUCCUUGCGCGACCGGUGGCUCCUGUACCUGUGCUGGCUCCUGCAAAUGCAAAAACUGCAGCUGCACCUCUUGCCAAAAGAGCUGUUGCUCCUGUUGCCCAGCUGGAUGCAAUAAUUGUGCCAAGGGCUGCAUCUGCAAAGAUGCAGCAUCCAAGAAAUGCAGCUGCUGUCCCUAAUGUGGCUCUAUUCUGUUCUGUGAAUAUUCUAUAUGAAAAGGAAAACUAAUUUUGUUUGUAAUAUAGCAGAGACUAUUUUGUACCUUUCACAGACAUGUCGAUUUGAGGUUGAAUGAAAAUAAAGGCCAUGAUUUGAGAAA